AUGGAAAAUGCAUCCGGACGACAGCUAAGUACCGCCGAGCGAGACCGCCGACCCAAUGAUAAAGAAAUGUUUGUGCUAUUCAAAAUACAGCGUGCUUAUUUCAACGCCUCGCAGCAUCUGCAGAGUGACUUGUGGAAAGAGGCUGGUAUAUCAGCGUCUAUUCCAGCAGUUGACCUAAUUUCAUCAAGAGAACAUGGACUUCGUUGA